AUGAACGCAAACGCGACUUUCGGUACCAGCGACACCACCAAAAACAACAAAAUGAACGCUACUGGGUUGAAUCCCGUGGGAAACGAACUUCUGCAAGUGAUCGCGCUCGAGGUUGUCGCCGCAUCUGGCGACACCUUUCCACCUUUGAAGGCGGCUGUCCUUGAGGCAUUGGCCAUCAUCGGAAUUGUGAAGAAAAUUAAGAUCAAUGAGAAGGAUUGGGCUGCUUUUUCUGGAAGUCUCAUUCAGAAGGUUGAGGAGAUUGUUCUCGCUACCUGUCAAUAUAACAAGAGUCAGGUCCCAUUGACUUGGCAAUCCAAUUUUGAGAAUCUGAGAUGCAUUUUGGAGCAUAUGAAAGAAGAUGUGACAAAGAUCCAACAACAGAAUUUGUACAUGAGUAUUGCCAAUCUGGGAAAAGAUACAGAACAUAUUGCCAGUUUUCAGGUUGAACUAAAUGCACUUCCCAACUUUCAGGCUUGUCUUGGGGUUGAUGUUGAGGGAAGUUCACAAGAAGCAAAUGCCAAGUGGAGAGAGAUUUUGGGAGAUGCAACACCUGAGUCCAAUAAAGACCACAAGUCUAACAAGAGAAAGAAUAUGGGUGAAAGGCCUCCAGCUACAGGGGAUGUGGCUCAAGUAAAUAUGUUUCAUCAGGCAAAAAAUGUUCAAUUUAUUAAUAGUGUUGUCACUGCUGCAAAUACUAUCAAUAACAAUAAUGAUGAUGAACUUUGGACCAAGAUAGAAGAUGCUGCAGAUCAAUUAAAUGUAGAAAAAUGGCUUCAAGAGCUCAAAGCUCCAUCACAUGGCAAAGUAAAAGACAGAUGCAUGCCUGGAACUCGGGAGGAUGUGCUCACUCUUAUUAAAACAUGGCUUGAUGAUCUGAAUGAGCCUAAUAUUUUCUGGCUUUCUGGCAGUCCUGGCUCUGGAAAGACAACUAUUGCUUCCACUGUGGUAGCUGAUUUUGACUGUUUCUCUGGGCAAUUCUUUUUCCAUCGUGAUGAGACUGAGCUUCGGGAUCCAGACAAUUUAUGGAGACGCAUUGCUUUGGACCUUUCUCUAGGAUCCAAUGAUGUCAAAAAGUCUAUAGCUCAGGCACUGGAGACUCAGAAGGCUAACAUCAGAGGCCUUGAUAUCUCUAUGCAAUUUGAGCAUCUUAUUUCAAAGCCUUUACAGCAGGUUUUUGGGACCUCCAUAAAGCCUCUUCUUAUUGUUGUUGAUGCCCUUGAUGAGUGUGAUUCAUAUGAGAAACUCUUGCCUUCAUUGAUAUCUUGGUCUGGCUUUUCUAAAUCUUUCAAGCUCCUUAUUACAAGUCGCCGUUAUAGUAAUAUUCAGACUUGUCUAGGCUCCAUCAGUGUCCAUGUUGAUCUUCAUACUGGACAUGAGAUAUCUACACAUACUUCUGAUGACCUUGAAAAAUACUUUAUUGCAAGAUUUACUGAGGUAACUAGGUUGCCUCCAAAGUGGCCUGGUCCAGCCAAAGUAUCAUUUCUUGUAAGAAAAGCUGCUGGGUUAUUUAUCUGGGCUAAAUCUGCAAUGGACUUUAUCUUGCAUAAGGGAGGUGAUCCUGAAGAGAGGCUAGAUAUCAUUUCUACUGAUUCUGGAGAAGGAAUUGAUGUUGUUGACAGCUUGUACCAUCAGGUCAUUUCUGUUGCCUUGCAAGGUCUCAGAAAACCAGAGAAAACUAGCUUAAAAUUAGUCCUAGGCUCCAUAAUCAUUGCAAAGGACCCACUUCGCAUCAAAGAUCUAACAGAGCUUCUGGGAGUAAAAGAUGGAUUCCUAAAUUCAAUAAUUGGCCAACUCAGCCCAAUUUUAUCCAUCAGCAAUACAAACUAUCUGCAUAUUUGCCACCAGUCUGUGGUGGAUUUUCUGCUUGAUUCUGGGCGCUCUCAAGACUUGUGGGUUGAUCAUCAGUAUUAUAGUCUCUCCUUUGCUGGGUCUUGCUUGAAACUUAUGAAUGCAAAACUCAAGUUUAACUUCUUUGAUCUAAAAACAUCCUAUAUUUUGAACAAAGACAUACCAGAGCUGAAUGACCAUAUUGAAAGUGUGAAAUCUACAGCCUUAGAUCAUGCAACCUACUUCUGGGCCAGCUAUCUGCAGAAGGAUUGUGAUAAAAUAUUACAAUUGGCAGUGCAGGCUGCAGUUGAGAAGUUUUUGAUGGUACAUCUUUUACACUGGCUAGAAAUUAUGAGUUUGAUGGGAACAGUAAACCAUGCUGCUCAGCUACUAUUGUUAGCUGCACGUUGGAGCAAAGCUAUAAAACCCAGCCUAUCAGACUUCGCAAAAGAUGCAAAUAGAUUUGUUAUGGAGUUUGUGGAACCAAUAGCUAAUGCAGUGCCACAUAUAUAUUUGUCAGCACUCCCAUUUGCUCCACGAAAUUCAAAAAUCUCUAUGCAGUUUCUGAAGCUAUUUCAAAAGACAUUGAUUGUAAAGAUGGGUCAAAUGGAAGAUUGGUCAGAGAAAUGUUUGCUCAGACUUGCAGACCAUGAUGGUUGGAUUACUUCAGUUACAUUUUCUCCUGAUGGCAGGCAUAUUGCCUCUGGGGCCAAUGACAAGACUGUCAGAGUAUGGGAUGCUCAAACAGGUCAGACUGUCAUGGACCCUCUCAAAGCAUAUCGCCUCUGGAUCUAUGACAAGACAAUCAGAGUGUGGGAUGCUCAAACAGGUCAGAGUGCCAUGGAUCCUCUCAAAGGACAUAAUGAUGAUGUUACUUCAGUUGCAUUUUCUCCUGAUGGCAGGCACAUUGCCUCUGGAUGCUAUGACAAGACAGUCAGAGUGUGGGAUGCUCAAACAGGCCAAAUUGUUGUAGAUCCUCUCAAAGGCCAUGGUGUUUAUGUUACUUCAGUUGCAUGUUCUCCUGAUGGCAGGCAUAUUGUCUCUGGGUCUGAUGACAAGACAGUCAGAGUGUGGGAUGCUCAAACAGGUCAAAGUGUCAUGAUCCUCUCUGAGGACAUGGUGGCAAUGUUACUUCAGUUGCAUUUUCUCCUGAUGGCAGGCAUAUUGCCUCUGGAUCUGAUGAUGAGACAGUCAGAGUGUGGGAUGCUCAAACAGGCAUAUUGCUUCUGGAUCUAUGACAAGACAGUCAGAGUGUGGGAUGUUCAAACAGGUCAAAGUGCCAUGGAUCCUCUCAAAGGCCAUGAUCAUUAUGUUACUUCAGUUGCAUUUUCUCCUAAUGGCAAGCACAUUGCCUCUGGAUGCUAUGACAAGACAGUCAGAGUGUGGGAUGCUCAAACAGGCCAAAGUGUUGUAGAUCCUCUCAAAGGCCAUGGUGUUUAUGUUACUUCAGUUGCAUUUUCUCCUGAUAGCAGGCAUAUUGUCUCUGGGUCUGAUGACAAGACAGUCAGAGUGUGGGAUGCUCAGACAGGUCAAAGUGUCAUGACUCCUUUUGAAGGACAUGAUGAUUAUGUUACUUCAGUUGCAUUUUCUCCUGAUGGCAGGCAUAUUGUCUCUGGAUCUGAUGACAAGACAGUCAGAGUGUGGGAUGCUCAGACAGGUCAGAGUGUCAUGGAUCCUCUCAAAGGCCAUGGUAGUUCAGUUACUUCAGUUGCAUUUUCUCCUGAUGGCAGGCAUAUUGUCUCUGGAUCCUAUGACAAGACAGUCAGAGUGUGGGAUGUUCAAACAGGACAAAGUGCCAUGGAUCCUAUCAAAGGCCAUGAUCAUUAUGUUACUUCAGUUGCAUUUUCUCCUGAUGGCAGGCACAUUGCUUCUGGAUGCUAUGACAAGACAGUCAGAGUGUGGGAUGCUCAAACAGGCCAAAUUGUUGUAGAUCCUCUCAAAGGCCAUGAUCUUUAUGUUACUUCAGUUGCAUGUUCUCCUGAUGGCAGGCAUAUUAUCUCUGGGUCUGAUGACAAGACAGUCAGAGUGUGGGAUGCUCAGACAGUUACAUUUUCUCCUGAUGGCAGGCAUGUUGUCUCUGGAUCUGAUGACAAGACAGUCAGAGUGUGGGAUGCCCAGACAGGUCAGAGUGUCAUGGAUCCUCUCAAAGGACAUGGUGAUGGGGUUACUUCAGUUGCAUUUUCUUCUGAUGGCAGGCACAUUGUCUCUGGAUCUGGUGAUGAGACAGUCAGAGUGUGGGAUGCUCAGAUCAGUUCAAGAAUUACUGAUCCUGUAACAGUGUCUUGUCUUUCCACUUGUCCUACUGCAAGCACUUCUGUUUCAUUACCAGUCACACCCAUACAUUCUGAGGACAGGAACAUUACCAUGUCUGACUUCAAUAAAACUUUUCUUUGUGAUUCCUAUAAUAAACCAUUGCUAGAAUUCUGCCACCAUGAUGGUAAUUGGAUUAUGCUGCCAGGUGGGGCCUAUGUUCUACGGGUGCCAGACCGAAAUAGAUCUGGUUUGUUCUGGCCAAGAACAACUACUGUGAUUGGUUGCACUCCAACUUCACUUCAGUUGGAAAACUUUGUUCAUGGUGUAAACUGGAGCCAGUGUUUUUCAUCAUGCCAUGAUCCCAUUCAAGGAUCAAUUGAACCUAUUGAUUCCAUUGUCAAGUUCAACUGA